UAAUAGUAAUAGUAAUAGUAAUAGUAAUAGUAAAAUAUACUUUUUCCUGCAUACACGGUAUGUUACCACAAAGAACGAAAAAUUAUAUAGUAAGUUUUCGUAUUAUUUGUAGAUAGUUACGUUGCACAGUACAGUCCCCACCACACGACACCAAAACUAGUGUAAGCAUUACACAUUAUUAUAAACCAAUAAGAUCGAGGUAGUUCUGAUUUACAGUUUUUCAACCCUUUUUCCAGUUUAUAUAUAUAUAUAUUUUUGGUGUAUCAUAGUAUCACCAACUUAACUAUAUAAUAGAUCAAAAUAGAUAGUAGAUGGCUCAUGACUGCCAAUGGAUUAUAUCAAAGAACUGAGGUGAUUGGGCGAGGAAAGUUUGGGAUCGUAUAUAAAGGAUUUAAUAAACAAACUAAACAAGUAGUGGCUAUUAAAGUAUUAAAUUUAGAUACUGAAGAAGAUGAAGUAGCCGAUGUUCAACAAGAAAUCCAAUUUUUAACCGAAUUAAAGAAUGUACCGAAUGUUACGCACUAUUAUGGAUCAUUUUUGAAUGAUACAAAAUUAUGGAUUAUUAUGGAUUAUUGUGCGGGUGGAUCGUUGAGAACUUUACUUAAAGCUGGGGUAUUUGAAGAAAGGUAUGUGGGAAUAAUACUUCGCGAACUUCUCUUAGGUUUAAGUAGUGUUCAUAAAAUGGGAGUAAUUCAUCGAGAUUUAAAAGCUGCUAAUGUAUUAAUAACUAAAGAAGGGAAAGUACAAUUAUGUGAUUUUGGUGUUGCAACAAAGAUAACAUCUCAUGCAUUAAAGAGAACCACUAUGGCUGGUACUCCAUAUUGGAUGGCUCCUGAAGUUAUUAGAAAAGGUGAUACAUAUAAUAGUAAGGCUGAUAUAUGGUCUUUAGGUAUAACAAUUUAUGAAAUAGCUACAGGAAAUCCACCUUAUUGUGAUCGGGAUGCUGACUGGGCAAUGCAAAUGAUUUCUAAACUGACUCCUCCAAGAUUGGAAGGUCGUGAAUAUUCUCCUGCUUUAAAAGAAUGUAUUGCAUUAUGUCUUGAUGAAAAUCCUGAUGAACGUCCUUCUGCUGAUGACUUGAUGAAAUGUAAACUUGUUAAAUUAUACAAAAAUCUUCCUCGUAAUACUUUAAAAGAAUUAAUAUCAAGAUAUUUAUUAUGGAGAGAUAAGAAUCCAUCUCGUGAUUCCGUUUAUGUCCAAGUAGAAGAUCGACAUGAAAAUGCUUCUAUUGCAGAUGUUCCACAAGAUAUUGCAAAUGAUAGUUCUAAUCAAAUACAAGUAAAGUGGGACUUUGAUUCCUUAAGUAGUAGAGAGUAUAUCAUAGAGAAUGAUAUUCAUCUCGAACAAGAAACAGAUAAUUAUGAUGAGAACGAUUAUACUAAUAAUGGAGGUACUGAUACAUAUCAAACAUUACCUACUUUACAAGCUUCCUCUCAAACCAUUAGUCGCAUAAAUACGGUGGGUUUAAAUAAUUCAUCUACAACUUCUUUAUCUAAUAUGACUAGAAGUGGAAACACCACCGAAAUUCCUAAAUCGCUUCAACUGCUCUUUGAAGAUGCAGAAGCAAAUGAAGAUAGUGCUACAAAUUUACCUCCACCACUCUCUUCAAUGUCAUCAUACACCGAAAGAGUCGAAUCUCCAACUAUAGAAAUUCCUGACAUGGAUAAUUUAGCAAAUUUCAAUACAGCUAGUACCGCAUCACUUCCUUAUCUUAAUAAACCUCCACCAUUAUAUCAUUCACAAUCUGCAUCCGCCAGUCUUGAAUCAAGAUUUGCAUCUUCGAAUGCCAAUAUAAAUACCAGACAAAGAAAGAAAACAAUUUCGAAUACAUUUUCUUCGUCAACAACCGCAAUUCCAACACAGGCAUCAUUACUACAACCUCAAGUUCAACAACAAGUACAACAACAGGGUCAACAACAAUUACCAUUAAGAACCCCUCAUACACCUCCAUACACAAAUCAUAAUAUAGGUAUAAAAACUCCAUCACCAAUCCCUCCACCAAGUUCAUCAGUUCUAAGUAAUGCAACUAUUGGAGCAACUUCAGGUUCACCUUCCAAAUCAAUGAAAGCUUUACAAGUACAAACAAACCCAUUACUUCAACCAAUAAAUUUUAAAGUCAAUUCAGAUGGACAUGCUACAGGUUCAGAGAAUAAUAUAAAACCAGUCUCUAGUAAUUUGAAUAAUGGUAAUUCGGCUAGUGCUAAGGCUAAAAGAGCUAGACCAGGAUUUCAUAUUCAAAUGCCUACUCCAUCCAAUUCCAUAAAUCCAUUAUCGGCAUUAACCAAUGAUGCCAAUACUACGAAUGGAGAUGAUAAUAUUAAUCAAUUUGGUAUUAAUACGGCUCAUGCUAUGCCAUUAGCAAUGACUCCAGUUACUGAGAAAGAACAACCUACAUUUGUAACAGAAGGGGAACAGGAUUAUAAUGGAGAUAAUUCUCAUAAAAUAUUAUCUAAAGAAAGAUCAGAUUCAGUAGCUUCGAGACAUUUACCAAUGCAGAAGACUCAUAAAUCAUCUAUUUCGGCAAUAGGAUCAGGUACAAAUACUGCUAAUUUCUAUAUAUCUCGAGGUAAUUCUAUAAGUGGAACUUCAGAUAAUGCAGAAACCAUAACGAAUACAUCUUCUAUAACAUUCCCAAUUAUUCCACCAAUUAACGGAGAAUUUUUCAUUGAUUCUACAUCUAAACAAAAGCUAGUAUCAGAAUUGGAUAAUAUGAUCCGAUUAUUUAAUCAAGGUUUAGAGGCAUUAGAACUUAGUCUCUAAAUUAUAUAGUCACGACGAAUUCAAUAUUAAUG